UUGUUGCACAGGGGACAGAGAAGAUUGCAGGACCAGGUUGGCAGAGUGUAAACAGGGAAGCAGAGCAGAAUGAAUAGGACAUCCAUGGCAAAGUGCUGGGGAUGGAGGGAGUAACAGUGUGACCAUGCCCCUGGGCUGUGGCUGGCUUGCUGCACAGACAUGCCUGCACAGAACGUCAAUGGGAAGAAUGAUCCUCUCAACACUUUCAACGACUGAUAUAACAAUGUGUGAAGCUGGUUGUUGAGUUUUGUUAUGAGGCAUCAUUGAUUAAACCGCCCUCAAGCCAUGGAGGCACUGGAAGUGGAUGAUAUUAGCCCAGCGCUAGAGGUCACAGAAGACUUCUUCAAUUCCUUUGAUAACCUAGAGAACGUUGGCCGUCCGUCAGCAGUCUUCGGCAUCCAUGAAGUUCCAGAGCUCUUGGCAAAUGGAAUAGCGGAUAAGAUCAAGCAGCAAGCCGACGGUCAGAACGCCAACACGUCCCAACACAGCAUCAUUUGGGAGAGGUGUAAAAGUAGCCUCUUUGAUGCCAAAGCAAAAAAUGGUCUUCACGCCAAAGAACAGCUCUCAUCUGCUAGAAGAACGUUUCACGACGCACCCUUGUUAGCUGGGGAGGAGAAGGACUCUUCUGUGUUUAACCUUUUUAGUGCGUGCCAUCGUAGACGCGACCGGCCUCGCUCAGUCAAUGACUCCGCAGCCCUCAAUGAUGAGUCUCCGAAGCGUAGGCCAGGGCACAACAGAUCACGCUCAGACGUGUCUCAAAUAGACUGGACGAACGUCCGGAAACCAGCCCCGUUGCAGCGGUCAUCAAGCCAAGGGGUUCACUUCACCAAGGACAUCGAAGGAAAUACUGAACACAUGAUGCCAAAUAUCCUCAAGAAGGGAUUCCUGGAAACUCGGAAAACUCAAGAACCGGUUUGGCGUGGCUGCUACGCUGAGAUCACUGCGUUCAGCCUGCACGUCUACACUACAGAUAGCAGCGGGAAUCAUAGCGCCAUCGCUGCCUAUCCCCUGGCUGAUAUUGAAAGCAUCACUAUCACCGGAAGCCACGAGACCAAGCAGCUGGAUGUCUUAAUGUCGGACAACAGGCAGCUGCAGCUGAAGGCCGAUUCCGCCUGGGAGGUGUUGGACUGGGGGCAGAAGUUAUGGGAAGGAGUGCGGGCACUGACUUUAGUUCCAAGGCAUAUGAAGAAUCAGCAUGAGGUCCUAACCAGAUCAGCAAACACAGGUGACAGUAACGCGGACUAUCUGGAAAACCACAAGGCCAAUGAAAUUUCAAGGACCGUAAGCUUAGCCAACGGGUAUCACCAAAAUAUAUUGAAAACGGGGACUCUUUAUCGAUUAACAAUGCAAAAUAACUGGAAAGCCUUUACGUUUGUCCUCUCCAGCUCCCACCUUACGGCGUAUCAACUCGGCUGUCUCGGCGAGGAUCCAUUGCUCAGCUACGGCAUUGACCUGUGCCUAUCUGUCCAGAUGGACGCUCUUGAUGGGUACGACUCCUGCUUCCAAGUCAUUUUUUCUCAAGAUGUUCUUCGGCUUCGUACGGAAACCUACCAGAAAGCCCAAGAAUGGAUGGAGGCUAUCAUCUCCGCUGCCAACGUUGCUAAAAAGGCCGACCAGAGUUUCCUGGUGCCUCUCAGGAACAAGUCCAAAGAGCGACCAUCAUUGAGGGAUCUGCAGAAGAGCAAGCGUCAAUCUGUGACCACAAGUUUCCUGGGUAUCUUGACGACUCUGGCUCUGGAGAGGGGACUCACCGCUCAGAGCUUCAAGUGUGCAGGCUGUCAGCGGCCGAUCGGUCUCUCCAGUGGCAAAGCCAAAGUGUGCAGUUACAGCGGGUGGUAUUAUUGCAGCAUGUGCCAUGUGGACGACGGCUCCGUUAUACCGGCUCGGCUCGUGCACAACUGGGACACAUCCAAACACAAGGUAUCCAAGCAGGCAAAGGAGUUCCUAGAGUAUGUGCACGAAGAGCCAUUGAUUGACCUGCAGCAGGAAAACCCUUUGCUGUACCGGCACGUGGACGCACUGGCGCAGGUUGUGCGUCUGAGACAGCAGCUAAAGUCGCUUCGGGCUUACCUGUUUAGCUGCCGGGCAGUGGUGGCCGAGGACCUACGUAGGAGAAUUUUCCCCCGUGAAUAUCUUUUUCAGCAAAUUCACCUAUACUCUCUGGCAGACCUGCAACAGGUUGUUGAAGGCAAGUUGGCGCCUUUCCUCACCAAGGUGAUUAAGUUUGCCACGUCCCACGUGUACAGCUGCAGCCUGUGCAGCCAGAAGGGCUUCAUCUGUGAGAUCUGCAACAACGGAGAGAUCCUGUAUCCCUUCGAGGAGAACUCUACAAGCAGGUGUGAGAAUUGUGGUGCUGUCUUCCACACCGACUGCAAAGUGAGAAGCGUCCCCUGUCCCCGCUGCGUGCGGAAGGAGCUGCAGAAGAAGCAGAAGUCCUUCUGGAAGCGGCUGAACGUGGACGACAGCCUGGAGGAAUCCUGCAACCUGUUCGAGCUGUCCUACCAGAGCACAUGAGCCGUGCGCUCGCUUCCCCUUCCCGGCGGCCGCAUAACCAACCAGCCAACGCCCCUGCUAGUGAUAGCUGGCACCCACUGUGAUGCCCUCCGCUCGCUUACUUAUAUUCUCUUCCUUCAUUGGCUCUAUGGCGCCUCUUCUUAUUCACAUCUAUAAGAGCACGGAACCAUGCCAUGAGCGACGUCAGCCCUAUUAUACUGCAUGCUCGCACGUAGGACCUUCUGGCUCUGCCGUAUAGCUAGUAACUUAUUCUUAUUGCAGGAAUAUCAGAUUGUGGCAGCCAUCUUGGUUGCGCGACUUGUAACACCCCGCAGAGAACGUGCAGUAACAUUUGCACUGUCCAUCACCAAUGACUCCCUGAUCCCCAUGUAUCUGACGUCCCCCUGGUUAGGACAGAUCUGUAAGGUCUUUACAUGUACUGCUAUACGGGGCUUUUGGUAGCAUUUUAUCGAUCAGCUUUCUAGUCGUUACAGGCCGUCUUAUUUAUUACAUCACCGCUGUAGGAGAGAUGGUCAAACAUCGGUACUCCUGCUGAAAGUGAACUGCAUCUCUCGUGAUGACCACUAGUUGCCGCAAAGCUGCGAGGACGGACAGACGUUCAUAAAUAUCAGCAGCGGUCCAACGUAGUUUCCAUGUCUGUUCCCUAAGGAGCGAUCUCCACCUACGGAGGAUCCAGCCUGAUUGUAUGUGUCGGGUCUCAGGUUACGGUGUGUUGGGUGAAAAGUGUUGCAGGUGUCCCAGGCUCGGCCGCCCGUCUUCCCUUUCAAGGAGAAGGUGUUUUGUCCAAGAACAAUGCGUUGCCGUCUUGUGUUUUUAUUUCCCUUUGCAGAGGAGCAGACCCAUCUUUGUAGCACGUAUUAGUGCAGAAAUGUAUUUGAUGCUUUGUCUAGAAGCACGCAGCUCAUACAGUGACAUCAGCGCGCUUCAGACUGCGCGGUACAAACGCUGGAUCUCUAGGGUGGCAGAGACUUCAGAGCAUCGCUUUGUGUCUGUGCUUUGUGCUAUCACAGGGUUUUAAAGAGACCGCAGCCACUACAAAGACCAGUCCGGUAUGUAAAUGUGAGGGCGCCUUUAUUCUAGUACAUGGAUGAAAGAGUCAGAACCAUUAUCCUCACGCUUUUAUGUUAUGCCGCCUCUGGAUAACAGAUAACAUUGAGGCCUUGCAGUCCUGUUGUCUCAUGCAUUAAACCAGGGGUGAUGGAUGUACUUAGGACCUCCAUUAUUUGUCCUACUAUUAUUUAUUAUUUAUUAAGUUAUUUAUAUAGCGCACACUUAUUCCGCAGCGCUGUACAAAGACUAUUUAGCCAUUCACAUCAGUUCCGGCACCAGUGGAGCUUACACUCUAUGGGGGUAAUUCCAAGUUGAUCGCAGCAGGAAUUUUUUUAGCA